AUGGCUUCAGGAGCACCAGGUGGUGGAAUUUCCAAAUGGAUCCCAAACCCCCCGCAACGCGGGUCUUUCCCACUCGACCAUGACAAGGAAUGCAGUGUCAUUAUGCAGGACUACUUAAGAUGCCUCAAACUUGUUGAUGGAACAAACGCACAUGGAUGUCGGUUGCUGGCCAAGUCGUAUCUCAAGUGCCGUAUGAACCACGGCCUCAUGGAACAGGAUGAAUGGCGCAACUUGGGACUGCCCGAAGAUGAUAAGCCGCUGCCUUUGCGUAAAAUUCCAGAGUAUGGUGAACAGAAAAAACUUUCUUCAGACUCUAAAAGUGGAACAUCAGGAUCAGGAUCAGGAUCAGUAACAACAGCAACAACAUUUACAUAUCACCAGAUCAAAACUACAAUGUCUACUCUUGCCCCCGUCAUUGCUCCUUCCAUUCUUUCCGGCGACUUUGCCGAUCUUGCUGCCGAUUCUAAGAAAAUGCUUGACCGCACUGCCGACUGGCUCCACAUUGACGUUAUGGACGGUCACUUUGUGCCCAACCUGACGUUUGGAGCCCCCGUCGUCAAGGCCCUCCGUGCUCAUAUACCCAAGGGCUCUGCCUUCUUCGAUUGCCACAUGAUGGUCUCGAAUCCUCUUCAGUGGGUCCCCGAUAUGGCUGCCGCCGGUGCUGACCAGUACACUUUCCACCUUGAGGCUGCGCGCACAAGCACAUUUGGCGAAUCGUCGUCAGCAGCUGACCCUGUUAUCGCUACCAUCGAGGCUAUCCGUGAAAAGGGUAUGCUUGUUGGUAUUGCCAUUAAACCUGGUACUAGUGUCGAUGAGUUACUCCCAUAUGCUGACAAAAUCGAUCUUGCUCUUGUUAUGACUGUCGAGCCAGGUUUUGGCGGCCAAAAAUUCAUGGCUGAUAUGAUGACCAAGGUUGCCGCUCUGCGUAAGCAAUUCCCCAAGCUUAAUGUCGAGGUCGAUGGUGGUCUUGGUGCUGAUACCAUCGAUGUUGCUGCUGAAGCCGGCGCUAAUGUCAUUGUUGCCGGUACCAGCGUUUAUAAGGCUAAGGACCCUGAGGAGAUGAUCAAGUUGCUGCGCUCGCAUGUUGCAGAAAAGCUUUAA